GAGCUGUGUGCCUUGUGGAAUCUGAAGGCCAUGCGAGAAGAGGAUGAACAAAGCAGGCUGAACAAGGCCGUGGUAAUGCAGCCGGAGGUGGACAAGUGGAUCAAGCUGCUGGUGAUCUUGAUCAUGAUCACAGGAUGCCGAGCUCAAGGGAAUCAACAGCCGGAGGAGGAGAAGAUUGACCUUGCGGUGGUGGUCUUGGUGAUCGCA